GCCACAAGCGUGAUUAGUCAGUCAGUCAGCCGCGAGCCGCGGUGAACUGAAGGCGUAGUGAGUGUUUCUGUGGGCCGACGGGCCAAAAAUGGCGGAGCGUACGAAGACGACAGCCCCGGCCACCCGGCCCGUUCCCAUGAAGCUGUUUGCCUCCUGGGAAGUAGAUUGUACUGCACCGAAUUGUAUACCCAGAACUAUGGAAGAAAGGAAGAGAUCAAGCGUUCGCAUAAUGCGCGGAAAAGUAGCAAAGAACUGCAAAUGGUUAUGCUCGUUGACCUUGACGCGGCUGGUGAUUUUACGGCCAUUAGGCUCCGAUUUAACGUCGAUUAGUAUCGCGGUGAAGAUGCAGAGCUCGAAGAGGACGCUGCGCUCCAACGAGAUGGCCAUUCCAACCGGUGGCAUGCUGGACACCGAGCUAGAGCUGCAAUUCGCGCUUCAGUAUCCGCAUUUCCUCAAGAGGGACGGCAACAAGCUGCUGAUACAACUGCAGAGGAGAAAACGCUAUAAAAAUCGCACGAUGCUCGGGUACAAGACGCUAGCCGAGGGAGUUAUCAAUAUGGCUCAGGUUCUCCAGAAGCAGAUGGACCUGGAGCUGGAGCUAGUGUCUGACAAGGCGGAGAAGUACGGUGGCCACUCGGUUGUGUUAGCCCGCGUGAGCGUGGUCGCGCUCAGCUCCCAGCCGGUCGACCAGGACAAAAGACUGAUGAACGACCCGAACGAGAGGCUCUGCCCCGAGUAUAGCGACGAGGAGGAAGAGUUCAGCUCAGAGGGUGAAGCGGAAGGCAGCGACAGCGAGCCAACUCUUGAGAUGGGACACAGACGAAAGACCCGGGCGAAGAUUCCGCCCAACGCCAGGCAAAGAAAUCUAAAGCAGAAAUUCAUAGCGCUGCUGAAAAGACGGUUCAGGGUAUCCGAGGACCUCGAUCAAGAUCAAGAGGAGAUCGGGCAAAAGCUGUCAGACUCGUUAACUGGAUUUGUUAAAGGGGCAGAAAUGGAAAUCGAGGAACUGUUCGACGAACUGGAAAAUUUUUCAGACAGUGGCCCCGAAUUGGACACGAUGUCCGUCAGUAGCACGCCCAAGCCGUCCCUGCGCCCUUUCUUCAGCUCUAGUCGAUCUCUUCUCGCGCCUCCUCACUCCGUAGUAACCAACGAGGAGACCGGAAACACUGCUGCGACAGCCAUAGGUCAGCAGAGCGCAGGUCAGCCAGCUAAAGAGAAACAGCGUAUCGGACACACCACUCCAGAACGUGGCGUGGAUAGGCAAAGUGACGAUAGUUCCCGAAGAGCGGACAGCGACUCGCACCCGGAAAAUUGGACGGAUCACGAGGCGAACGAUCCGCCGAAUUACGUGACGGGCUCGCCGCCCAAAUCGGAACAGCAUAACAAGGCCGAGAACACGGACAAACGGAGCAGGCUUUUUACUCGCGACAGAGGCGUGCCGGCCACCAAUAAGUCCAAAAAGCAUAGCCUCAGUGUGGACCUGAAGCCUCCUGCCGACUUGAAUAGCUCGGAGCCGAGGAAAGCGUUGGUCGAGCAAUUAAGCCGGGUUUUGCCGGAUGACAGUUUGCCGGACGCUGUGUCGUUGGUGUCGCUGGCUGAUCCUGGCGCGGCUGUGCUGGCCACGAGACUUCAAGAGAGGAACCACAGGGUCCUGACGACCGCCUCUCCGGCGGAUAUUCGUGCCACGUUCACGUGCUUGGUCACGCGAAUACAGAAAUUUUGUAACAGCUCCGCUAAGCCGCCGGCACCGAUCAAAGUAGUCAUUGCCGGUGGUGACGGUUUCGUGAAUGCAGUGCUCCGCCACUACGUGGAUCAGCUAAGUUUCCGACCGCAGAGUUAUCUCAAGUUCUUCGUCGUGCCUCUGGGCUCCAAUACGUUGUCCAAAUACCUCGGCUCCAUAGACGCCAAGUACUCGAUGUUGUUCGGUGACGAGUGGAAAGAAUUGUUGGAAAGGGAGGGCGGUGGCGCGAGCGAGGGUGCGGCCAGAGUUUCCGAGUAUUUGGCUUCGGCUGGUACAACCUUGCUACUGCCGAUUGCGGAAGCCAUGGUUACCUACAGAGAAACAGACGACAGCAGCCAAAUCUUCAUCCCAUUCAUAAACGACGUCCGCGUGGGUUGUCCGGACAGCAGUUCCUCCGCGUCGGUUGACCUCGAAGAGAGCAACGUGACCAUGUCUGGCUCUCCACCUUCUCUGCCACCCCCUGCAUUACCUGUUCCACUUCCUGGUAGGUUAACGCCACCAAGCAGCCCGAACGUCGGUCAACCAACGAGGGAAGGCUGGGAACCGGUCGAGUUACAACUCGAUUAUUGGAGCAAGCAAACACAGGGUGAAAAGGGCAAGAACACAUUAAGACAGGCGUUUAGGGCGUUACACGUUCAGAGACUUCCGCCUCUGGGUGAAACUCCUGGCCACUAUUUGUCCAUGAACUACACCACAAAGGAGAAGAAACAGAAAAUAAUGAGACUGGGUAAGAAGAAAGAGAAAGAGAAGGAAAACGAGCCAAAGAGUCAAACGGUGGAAGGCGUGACACGACUUAUAUGCUCUGCGAAGACUCACAACAUUCCAUUAAGAGUGAGCAUCGACGGUACCGAGUGGUACGGCGUGAAAUUCUUCCAACUGUCGGCGCAGUGGCAGACGCACAUCAAGACGUUCCCGAUAGCGAUGUUGGAGUACAGCCCCCAGCAACAAGCAGCGAACCCCACGUAAACGCUUGCCUCGUUCCCGUCAGCGGCCAGACGUUUCGCCAGAUUUCGUUUGUGUUCAUGGAUAUUGCCAAUUAGAAACAACCGCUUAGCUUAUCGCGCAAAACCCGAAAGCCAUGAAACCCUCGGAACGUCGGAAAAUAGAGAAAAGAAAGGGAAGAAGUAGCGAGACAGAGCGGAAGGUAAUGCGCGAUAGAGCGCCAGAGUUCGUACAGUGGACAGUCUGCUGCUUGAAACCGCAAGUCGUUGCAGCUUGUACAGGCUUCUACAGUGUUUGGACGUUGCCUGUUCGUUUAAUUGGCCCACGGUGUUGCAUUACGCUCGGGUCGUUCGUUCGAUUACGUUUCGAGAAGCGGAAAGCAAACUUGGAAACUGUGCGAUCUGUUAACGUUUUUGCUGCCAACUGUCCCAAGGCAUAGAGAAGCGAGAAACGCAGAGAAAGAAAGAGACGCGACUCUUCAUCGCGCAUGCGCAGUUCGCCAGGAGUAGGCGCGUAACUGAGACGUAUCGAAGACCGGUAGACGCAUAACGCCAACAAACAUAUCGUAUUGCGAUUAAUAUAAGAUAACGACGAUGACGAUGGAUCUCAUUGGUUACGCGAAUGCCAUACAGCGAGGGAACGUGCGGUUACAUCGUUAGGAGCACGAUGUCCGCAGCGGAAGCGAAUUGCACGAAUAGGAUAUUCGAUUUUCCUGUUGGAAGCGGCACAUGCGAUGGAUUACGAAGAAUCGUUCGGGAACCGGGUUCAGCAAGCCACCCCCACCCCUUCUCCUGCAUCCCCACUCCCUAGCCGUCGACGCGUGUACAUAUAGAAAUUUUUUUAAGGACGAGUAUAGGAAAAAUCGAUCGGUUUCGCCUGCGAGUCGAACUGAUACGCGUAUUUGCUAAGAUAGUUCUUCGUCUAAAUCGCGAGGUAGCGAAGCAAAGGUUAGCGUUAAAUUAUGUAUUUAUUUAAUUAACGUGUAUUCUAUAUACAUAUACAUAGGUAAAUAUAUAUGUGUGUGUACUUACACAUGUGUGUAUAUACACACACACGUAUAUAUAUAUAUAUACGAUCGCAUAUAGCAAUGGAGCAUACAGCGACGUUAUCGAAAGAAGUCUGUGAUACAGGCAAAACAUUUCUCUUAGCGCACAAACCUGUUGUUUAGGAGAAGACGAUGUAGUUUCGCGAAUUUUCGGGAAGUUUUCCCCGGGGAGAGAGAGAGAAGAUAGACGAAAGGGAAGAGAAAGGAAGAGAAGAAUAAUAAGAUGAUGAAUACGAUUAGGACGAUUACGAAUUAGCUCAUUAGUUAUUAUAUACGUUAUACUCCUUUUCUCGUUUAAGAUUUCGACAUAUUUUUUGUAUUCCAUUUUAUAGACUUUUAGCCGCAGGCUGCUGUAGUUUAAAUACUCUAUUUUCAGAUUUGAUUAUUUGAUACUUGAUUCUUGCUAGACGACCUUCUCACCCUUCGACUUCGAUGUAACGUAUAGAGUAUACUCAUCCGCGUAUUAUUGUUUAGCCGGUAGGAAUAAAAGAAGAAAAAGAAAAAAAGAAAAAGAAAGAGAGGGCGAGAGUGAGCAAGACUUAAUAGAAAUAAAUUCGUUGGAAAGACGUAGACGAGGGUAUUAGGGAAUAAAGAAAAAGAAAAAAAAAGA